CAGAAUAUUAUGAAAAUAACGAUAAGCGAAUCGAUCGAAAAGCUUCUUCGAUAUAAUCGUUGUUGAAUGGAUCGGGCCAUGGCUACGGCACAUGAAACAUGCGCACAGGCCGACCCCGCUUCUCCUUUGCAUCUCGCUAGCGUGCGCCGCGUGGGCCUUGCUUGCGCCGCCUGCGCUCGCUCUUAACCUGCUCCCCUCCUUCCCUUCCGUCAACGGCGCUCCUGAUUGCUGCGGCGCCAUGUCGAGAGCUCGAGUGUACGCCGACGUCAACGUUCUCCGCCCCAAAGAGUACUGGGAUUACGAAUCGCUUGCUGUCCAGUGGGGUGAGCAAGAUGACUAUGAGGUUGUACGGAAAAUUGGAAGGGGAAAAUACAGUGAAGUUUUUGAAGGCAUUAAUGUCAACAGCAAUGAGCGGUGUGUGGUCAAGAUCCUGAAGCCUGUCAAGAAGAAAAAGAUAAAGAGAGAGAUUAAAAUACUUCAGAACCUUUGUGGGGGCCCAAAUAUUGUCAAACUCCUUGAUAUUGUCAGAGAUCAGCAUUCAAAAACACCUAGCUUGAUAUUUGAGCAUGUCAACAGUACAGAUUUCAAAGUCCUGUACCCCACAUUAACAGACUAUGAUAUUCGUUACUACAUAUAUGAACUUCUCAAGGCAUUAGAUUAUUGUCACUCACAAGGGAUAAUGCAUAGAGAUGUGAAGCCUCAUAAUGUUAUGAUAGACCAUGAGUUGCGGAAACUUCGCUUAAUAGAUUGGGGUCUUGCUGAAUUCUAUCAUCCUGGAAAGGAAUACAAUGUCCGUGUUGCUUCAAGAUAUUUCAAGGGGCCUGAACUUUUAGUUGAUCUGCAAGACUAUGAUUAUUCUUUAGAUAUGUGGAGCCUUGGUUGCAUGUUUGCUGGAAUGAUAUUUCGGAAGGAACCUUUCUUUUAUGGGCAUGACAAUCAUGAUCAACUUGUCAAAAUUGCAAGGGUACUUGGGACGGAUGAGUUAAAUGCUUAUUUGAACCAAUAUCAUUUGGAGCUUGAUCCUCAACUUGAUACUCUUGUUGGGAGGCACAGUCGGAAGCCCUGGUCAAAAUUUAUAAAUCCAGACAAUCAGCAUCUUGUGUCACCUGAGGCUAUUGAUUUCCUUGACAAGCUUCUCCGUUAUGACCAUCAAGACAGGCUUACAGCAAAAGAAGCAAUGGCUCAUCAAUAUUUUUCUCAAGUCAGGGCUGCAGAGAGUAGCAGGAUUCGGACACAGUGACCCAUUCGUUCAUAGGCCACAAACAAGCCAGACUUCGUCUUAUGAGAAUGCAGAUAUUUGCUGUUCAUACCACAAAUCUGUUAUUCUGACUUUUGAGUCUGCAUAUGGUAAACUUAUAUGCUCUUCUAUCAAUUUCAGAUAAUUUUGCUGUAACUUUAACCACCUCUUGGAUUUGACAUGUGGGUUUACACUUUACACGGCCGCCUAUAUUUAACCUGCUACUGUUCCAUCAUCCAUGUAUAUAUAGCUAGGUACUUCCUGCGUUGCUGCUGAAAUGUAUUUCUAGUUUGUUUAUUCUAUUUUCUUUGUCA